AUGUUCAAGGCCCCCAAGCCCGAGGACCGGCAGAAGCUAAUCGAGCAGUACAAGCUGCUCAACCAGAACAACGCCAAGGACGGCAAACCUUACAUCCUGUCCCUCAGCGUCGGCGACGCUCAAGACGACCCGCGGUCCCAGGGCUUCACCCUCGUCUGCGAGACCGAGUUUGCCAGCCUCGACGACAUGAAGUAUUACGACGACGAGUGCCCCGCCCACCAGAAGCUCAAGGCCGCCGCAAAGGACAUGACCAUUGACGGCGUCAUGACCGUCUACUUUCGACCCAAGCUUACCUCUCGCCGUGACGGGUGA